AUGCGGAUGUAUCCCCCCGCCGCAGGCGGCCCCAUUUACUGGUGGCUCCGUAACUCCUUCAUCGGCGCCCGGCGUAGGUCUGUCCGCCUUAUGCGCGCGUAUGACAUGAACUGGGAUAUCUCCAAGGUUGUUUGCAAUGGCGUUCCGAGGAAUUCUUUCAACCCGAGCGUGAACGAGUGGAUCUGGAACGUAGACACUGACCUUUGGAACGGAGCGGGAGGGAAGGCGUGGUUCCACAUCAACGGCCAGUGUGUGUUUACACUUUUCUGGGCUUUUUCGUUCUACACGCUCCUGGAGCGCUGGUACGUCAACGGCAAGAUCGAUACUUUCUCCAAGUGGCAAGGCCGCACUGAGGAGUAA